AGUUAGGGGGCUCCGUUGACUCACUGGAAACUUUUGUACUUCUUCGUUGCCAUCGCAAUAUCGACGUAGCCAUUUAACUGUAAAAUAUCCAAUUGGCUAAUCUCUGUCACCCAACACAGCCGAUCGAUCCACGCAGUGCACAUCUGCUAUCGGUAUCCAUACAAGUGCACAAAUAGGCUAUCUUGAUCGUUGAAUUGGAAGACGCCACCAUCUGGUAAUGUUCAAUUAUUUCGCAUUUAUUAGCUUUAUUUUGAGCCGACUAGGUUAGAUGGCAGCAUAUGGAGCGAGCUUGGAGAAUGGCUUUCAGAUUUCACCGAACUCUUGCAGUGACUACACGUGUUCGACCUUCACCAGAUGGAUUCUCAUCCGAAAGAGAGGUCUUCAACUGUGGCAGGUUCAUCAGAGAGCAUGAUGACCGCGUCGGGGGCCCUCAGUUCCGUAACCGUAAGGGCCGGGGGCCGUUUCGGGCCCGCAUGCACAGCGAACAUCAAGGGCCGAGGCAACGGCACCGAGGUGGGCCAGGGGGAUUCGGACCCAACCCACGCACCCGGUUCGAGGAUGAUGAUGGUGACGUCCCCAUGGGAGAUGGGGUGCAGGACGGUUCGUCCCAGCGCAGAUAUAACCCCUACGGCCGGCCUGGUCGCCGUGGAGACGGACGUUUCGACCGCGAUCGCAAAGGAAGUGGAGGACCUGGGCACAGAGGGGGAGGAGCUUCAGGAGGUGGAGGAGAAAGAGGAGGAGGAGCAGCUGCUGGAGGGAAGAAGGGCUGGUUCAAAAUCAUAAUCCCCUAUGGGAAGAAGUAUGAUAAGAAAUGGCUGCUGAGCGCACUCCAAAAUCUCUGUCCUGUCCCCUUCACCCCAGUCAAAUUCAGCACAGAAGGCCACAGAGCCCAGUUCUACAUUGAGGAUUCAAGCACUGCCAACGCCCUGCAGAAAAUCUCCCGCAAGAUCACAGACAUGGAAGGAUACAAGGUCAUUGUGAUCUCAAAUCCAUGUGCUCCUCCACUCACUGAUCUGAAACCAGAGGAGAUGGAUAGCCUAAAGCAAUGUAUGUCCAAGCGCUUUGAUGGUUCCCAGCAGGCUCUGGAUCUCAAUAGCAUACGCACAGACCCAGAUUUAGUAUCCCAGAACACAGACAUAAUUCUGAACAGAAAACACUGCAUGCACGCUGUGCUGAAGAUCAUAGAAGAGAAUAUUCCGGAGUUGGUGAGCCUGAAUCUUGGCAGUAACAAGCUCUAUAAGUUGGAUGAUAUGGCGGAACUUGCCAGCAAAGCCCCCAACCUGAAAAUCCUCAACCUGUCCCACAACGAGUUGCGGUCGGAGCGGGAGCUCGAUAAGGUGAAGGGCCUGAAGCUAGUCGAGCUGUGGCUGGACCACAACCCCUUGUGUGACUACUUCAAGGACCAGCCCAAUUACAUCAGUGCCAUCAGGGAGCGCUUUCCUCGAUUGCUGAAGCUGGAUGGUCAUGAUCUUCCUCCUCCUAUUGUUUUUGAUGUUGAGGCCCCCACCGUCAUCCCCCCCUGCAAGGGUAGUUAUUUUGGUUCAGAUGACAUCAAGAUUCUCAUCCUCCGGUUCUUACAACAGUACUUCAGUGUGUAUGACUCAGGAGACAGGCAGCCUCUGCUGGAUGCGUACCAUGAUGGCGCCUCCUUCUCCCUCAGCAUGCCAUUCAGUGCACAGAACCCUGCCAGGUGUAGUUUGGGGGAGUACCACAAAGACAGCAGGAACCUCAAAAGGCUCAAAGAUCCCACUACUCGUUUUCGCCUUCUGAAGCACACUCGUCUGAAUGUGGUGGCGUUUCUGAACGAGCUGCCCAAAACUCAGCAUGACACGGCAUGCUUCAACGUGGACGUCAAUACAUACACAAACACACUACUAUCCUUCACUGUAACUGGAGUCUUCAAAGAAGUGGAUGGUAAAUCCAGAGAUUCAGUGCGGGCGUUCUCUAGAGUCUUCAUCGCUGUUCCUGCAGGGAAUACUGGGUUGUGUAUAGUGAAUGAUGAAUUGUUUGUGCGCAACGCCACCACGGAGGAGAUUCGGCGGGCGUUUGCUGCCCCGGCCCCCACCCCCUCCAGCAGUCCUGUGCCCACCCUCACUGCCCCCCAGCAGGAAAUGCUGAACACCUUCUCCCUCAAGUCCGGCAUGAAUCUUGAAUGGUCGCAGAAAUGUCUACUGGAUAUGGAGUGGGACUUUGACAAAGCUGCCCAUGUCUUUACACAGAUGAAGGCUCAAGGAAAGAUCCCAGAUGUCGCUUUUAUAAAGUGAUGAGGAACCCACUCAAUUUGUUUGUUAUUCAGAGAGCAUCAGCUGAAAAUGUUUCUCCCAAGAACCUGUUUUAUAUGGAAUUUCAUUUGUUCUUUUUAGUUUGUUUUUAUGAACAACACAGGGAAACACUAAAGAAUGUUAUGGCCAAAACUAUCGUUGUGUUUCUGUUUUAAAUUAUUUUGUACAAUGGCUUUGACAGAAUUAAAGACCAUGUUGCUGCCCA